UAUUCUAGCGAUAAAGCAGGCGAUCUUGUGGUAUAUAUAUAUAGGACCCGGCCACUACUGCUACAUGCAUUCUCCAGCCGCUUCUCUUGUGGUGUUCAUCUCUGUACAAGCCAGUUCUCUCCCUUGCUGCAUCAUGAAGCUGAUGACAUCUGUGUUAGUGACGGUGGUCCUGACCUUGCUGGUCGCCGGGACCUCUACCGCUGCCCCUGGAGACUUCCCCUUCGAGAGGUGCUUCAGUGGAACUCAAAAACAAGACCUCCACAUGAAGCUCUGCACUGAAGUGGGAAUGACUGAUGCCUUUUGCAAGGCUAAUAAGGCAAUAAUUAAGACCUGCAAGGAUCAAAUCCUGAGCGCCAGUCACACCCGGCCCACCAUUCAAGCCGCCGCCGACUGUCUGCACACAGUGGGAGAUAUUACCGUCCCAGAUGACGACACAGCUACCACCCAACGUUUCAAGCAGUACAUGAAAAAAGCCGUGUUCAACAAUCAGGAUUUGUGCUCCGCCGCUCAAGAAAUGAUAGCCUGCUUGAAGCAAAAUACAGAAAUGGUUCAGCUGAUGAAGGACUGCAUUGCAAAAGCUGGCAAAUAAAUGCCCCACCGAGACGUCCAAUACCACAGAGAGAUCUCGAACACCACAGACAUGUCCAACUCCAGAAAGUCGUCAAACACCACAGAGACGUCUGAAGAGCAUCAUAACUCGUUGUAGAACUUCUGAAGAAAACUUAAGAAUUUCCCGACUACCUUUCCUGAAUUACCGGAGAAAACAAAUAAUUUUGAGUUCGACAAAAUAGAAAUGAACAGUGAGAAUAACGCCUUCAGAACAACACCAACAGCCAUGGUAACACCACCAACAACAAUGACAUCAACACCAUGCUGGGCCGGAGGCUACUAUAUCUGCUGCAUAUAUUUCUCUUUUAAAAUUACAUUACUUUAAACAAAAUUUGAAAUAUGUAAUUCAUGUAUCCAAUUUACUUGUGUUUUUGAUUAAAUAAAUUAAUUGGCAA